UCGUAUCUUUCAAAAAAGUCAGAACCAUGAAAUUAUUUGUUGGAAUUCUUAUUGCUAUUUUGGGCUGUUUGGCAUUAAACGUGUCUGCUGAAAAACCCGCUCUUUGUAAUCUCGAACCUUUCGCUGAUGGAGUUGGACCGGUUAAAUGCGAUGCACUUAUGACAAAGUAUUCGUACGAUGCAAAAACAGAUGAAUGUAAGGAAUUCAACUAUGGUGGCUGUGGAGGAAAUGAUAACAAAUUUGAUUUACAAGAAGAAUGUGAACGGAUUUGUAAAGUUUAAAGAUCGAAGUAAUAAAAUUUUAUCAUAAUGUUAUUACCAUAAGAAAGCAUUUUUUUUUCAAAUUCAAAUCAGAAGAAUUUCAAAGCAUUUUGAAAGAAUUAAAUCACAUCAAAGAUA